AUGAUGACUCAUUCUAAAAGUAAAGACUUUUGCGUUGUAACCUUAAAAGAGGACUCUGUUGAUGGUUCCGAAACAACCUUCAUUGAACAAGUAACAAAAGGUGGAGGAGAAGUUGUAAGAGAAUGCAAAAAGAGAAAGAGUUUCGAUGUUAGAAUGGCAGCCGAGGAUCUUGAAAAGUUGGAUCAGGACACUAUUGCAUGUAUUCAAUACUUGACUGAAUAG